GGACGGGCCGAGGCGCAUCCCCGCACUAGCGGCCGCCUCCGAGACGCCCGUGCUCCCGCAGCCGCUGCCGCCCAGUCCGGCCCCGCCGCCGCCCCGCAGCCCCGGCCGCGCCCAGCCCGGCGAGGACAGCUCAGUCCGCGAGGCGGCCCCGAGCGUGGCCACAAAGACCCCCGGCGGCGACUCUCCGGGAACGGUUCCUUUUGCAAUCCAUCAUGUCUUUCGGCAGAGACAUGGAGCUGGAACACUUCGAUGAGCGGGACAAGGCGCAGAGGUACAGCAGAGGGUCGCGGGUGAACGGCCUGCCAAGCCCCACGCACAGCGCCCACUGCAGCUUCUACCGCACCCGCACGCUGCAGACACUCAGCUCCGAGAAGAAAGCCAAGAAGGUGCGCUUCUACCGCAAUGGAGACCGGUACUUCAAAGGAAUUGUGUACGCCAUCUCCCCGGACCGCUUCAGAUCCUUUGAGGCCCUGCUGGCUGAUUUGACCCGAACUCUGUCGGAUAACGUCAAUUUGCCCCAGGGAGUGAGAACAAUCUACACCAUUGAUGGGCUCAAGAAGAUUUCCAGCCUGGACCAACUGGUGGAGGUGAAGAGUUAUGUGUGUGGCUCAAUAGAACCUUUCAAGAAACUGGAGUAUACCAAGAAUGUGAACCCCAACUGGUCGGUGAAUGUCAAGACCACCUCGGCUUCCAGAGCGGUGUCUUCACUGGCCACUGCUAAAGGGAGCCCUUCAGAGGUGCGGGAGAAUAAGGAUUUCAUUCGGCCCAAGCUGGUCACCAUUAUCAGAAGUGGGGUGAAGCCACGAAAAGCUGUCAGGAUUCUGCUGAAUAAGAAAACAGCUCAUUCCUUCGAGCAGGUCCUCACUGAUAUCACUGAUGCCAUCAAGCUGGACUCGGGUGUGGUGAAACGCCUGUACACCUUGGAUGGAAAACAGGUGAUGUGCCUUCAGGACUUUUUUGGUGACGAUGACAUUUUUAUUGCAUGUGGACCGGAGAAGUUCCGUUACCAGGAUGAUUUCUUGCUAGAUGAAAGUGAAUGUCGUGUGGUGAAAUCCACUUCUUACACCAAAAUAGCUUCAUCAUCCCGGAGGAGCACCACCAAGAGCCCAGGUCCUUCCCGGCGCAGCAAGUCCCCGGCUUCCACCAGCUCAG